AUUGCCACUAUAUGACUCCGUAGAACAUUCAAAUUCCCGCAGCCAGCUUCCCUCGAAAUUAUUUCCCAGACGGUAAAACCUUAGUCCAUUUGCAGAGGGUGAGCGCUUACGGCUAUGGCUUCUAAAGCUUGAUAAAAGAACCGACUGAAUCCAUCUCCUGACCUCAAAACCCUAAUUUCCUAAACCCUAUAAUCUGCCAUUUUCUGGAAGAAGCCACCUGCUUUGCUAUGCAGGACUGCAUAAUCCGCCAUUCCUUCUCUGGUUUUCAAAUCAUUUUCCAUAGCCUCAUACCCAAACUCUAAAACUCAACAACAAUAAUACUGUAUCCUGAUUCUUAAACCCAAAGUCUUUUCUGGUCUCCUGAGAUGCCUGGUAGAGCUUCAGAGUCGGCCACUACAGCCCUGGUUCCCUUUGUUCCAGAGGUCAAAGAACAAUUGGUCUAUCGCCUCUCUCAUGGCGUCCAAACCCCAGCUUCUUCUCUCUCUAUCUCGUGGUCGAGAGGGAACUCGCUGAGAGUUGCUAUUUUUCGGCAGCCAUCGCUAGAAUCCAGCGAGGAAAUGGCAGGAAACUCAGGCGAGGGGGACGUGGUGGAGUUGAGGAUGGGAGUUGAAGAUGGUGAAAUCGAUGAGGUCAGGAAAAGGAGGAUUGCUUAUGGCUCUGCUCCUGCUUUUGCUUUGUUGCAAAGCAGGAGGAACUUGGUCAUGGCGUCUAAUAGCUUUGGUUCUUCACUCCACAGUGACUGGUGGCAGCAUGUUUUGGAGUACAGUAGACAUAUAAGGGAUUUGCUGGGAAAUUUGAAGUCUUCUCCUGUUUCAGUGAUUGAAGAUCCAAAAGCUCUUCUAAAGUCAUCUGAGAAACCGACCUCUUCGAAGGCUGCAUGGGAGUUGAUGGAAUUUUUUUAUGUGGAUAAGCUCUCACUUUCUUGGCUUCCAGAGCGUCUUGUUGAUUGGUUAGCAGAUUAUGAUAGUCUCCUUUCUGGGACAGAUAUGACUGUUCAUUCAAAGCUUGCUUCUUUGCAAAAGAAACUUGUUGAGCUGCAGUUCAUUGAGGAUUCCAAAGAGUACUGGGAAGCAAUUGCAUCUGCACUCGCAGUUGGAUGGCUUGAUAUUGUGGUGAAAUUGUUGAGGUUGCAUGGAUCUUAUCAGCUUGAUCAGAUUGACAACCGCGAGAUUGAAAAUGGACUUGUUGAGGCCAUUGCUGUUCUUGUUUCAACAAUGCCACGUAUGCGUCCAGAGUUACGAGCUGGGGGAUUAGGACAGUGCUUUGAUACUAAGCCUGAUUUUGUAAAGGCUUGGGAGAAAUGGCGAGGCCAAGUAGCUAAGCUUGAUUGCAGUGCAUUUUGGGUAAAAUGUGAUCAUCGUCAAACCAUGGAUGGCUUGAAGAAUUUGUUACAAAUUAUGCUGGGGAACUUGGACGAUCUUUGUGCUGCCACUUACCAAUGGAUGGAGCUGCUUACAUCACACUUUCUUUUCAUCAGACCAUUCACAAUGGGUUUGGAAGCCAUGCACAGUUUAGCUCAGAAGUGCAUCCUGCUGAAACCCACAUCAGAUGGGAACCGGUUGAUGGAUCUUCUUCUUGGAAUACUUGGAGAUAAUACUGAGGUUGUCUUAGCAGAAUGCUCAAGAACAUUUGGUCCUUGGAUGGUGGUGCAUGCCAUAGAGUUGUUGACUGCCAAGAGCCACCAAGCAGAGGUUGUUUUGCAUGAGCAGCGCUAUAACUUGGGGGGAAUUAGCAUAGAGGAACUUCAUCGCCUCGUAUAUGCUCAAGUUUUAUCAUCUCAUGCUUUAACUUGGCAACUUGCUCCAAUAUAUCUUGCAGCAUGUCCAAAGCAGGGCUUGGGAUUAUUGGAACUUUUAUUGUAUAAGCAACCUAUGCGACAUAAUCGCCAAAUACUUAAGAAUAUUGAGAUUUGCCGAUUAUAUGAGCUUGGUCAAAUCGAGUCAAGCAUUAUGAAGAUUGCUGGAAUGCAUCAUUGGAAGCAUGGCAGGAAAGGUGCUGGGAUCUAUUGGCUUCAACGAGCGGGUGAUGAAGCUCGACUCAAUGAAAUUGCUCAGCAGCUAUUUGGGCUUGUUGGGAAGUCAUUUUCUGAUGAAAGUUUUAGGCAAUGGGAACGAUUGAUUGAGUUGCUGGGUGUCGAGGGCGAAAAUCUGGGAGGACUCGAGUUUCUUCAUAAGUACAGAGAUUUCAAGAAAUCACUUCAGAUGAUUCCAGAUGAUGUCAGCAUUGAACCUAGUAAUGAGAAAGCUGUCAAUGCUGCUGUUCAAGCUGUGGAUGCUCUCAUACUUCUCAUGAAGAGCCCAUCAACACCCCAACGCUUUUGGCUGCCUCUCUUACAAGAUUCAAUGAAGUUGUUGAACUGGAGACACCGCCCUCUCCUCAAUGUCUCUCAGACCAACUUGUUGCUGAACAAGCUUCAAGAGCUCUCUUUGGCGAGGCUACGCCCUGAUUACUGUGAUUCAGAUCUUCCCCAUCAGGUUCUGAGCUCCAUCAGAUUGGCACUAGCAAUGAAUCUUGGUCGAGCAAUGAUACAAGAGUGAUAAAAAUUUAUUGGUGUCUUUAAAUUAGUCCCGAUGAGAGAGAGAGAGAGAGAGAGGUUUUUGCGGAAUUGCAGUUUUCAGAAAGAAAUGUGUUAUGCAUGUAUUUUGUUGAAAUAGGUGUUUUCAGAUUCCUCUAAUUUUAUUUGAAAUCUCUUUCGUCUUAGCUUUUGCUUUUCUUUGGCUGGAUAAUCUUAAGUACUGUUUGGGAUGGCCUUUUUUGGCACCUAGAGUUGUGCCAACAUGGGUGGUGUGCUUGAUGAGUGUAUCGUCAUCAUUAUCAUCUUAGCCUUAUCAGUGAAGAAAAAAUAAAAAACACUUUUA